CCGCGAAAAGUGAAAUUCCUUAGCUAUGUAUUUACGUAUUUGCAGCUCUAAUAUAAAUGGUUAUAUUAGCGAUUGAAUAUAAUAACAAACCCUGGUAAAAAAAAUAAAAAAGAGCGGACAAAAAUGCGAUCGCGAUCGAAUGGAGGGCUGGUGAGUGCCCCUGUCAGCACAAGAAGUGGUCGCAGUAGCGCGAACACAGCAGGAACAACAAGAAAUCUGACCCGCGGCAGCGUUGGACAGAUCAAGACAAUAGCAGAGUCUCGCCUCAGUCCCCAGAAGCGCCCGCUCCCGCCAAAAUCUGAGUACGAGAAGUUCUACGAAAGCGUCUUUCUGGGCAAUGAGGAACAAGCGGAGGAGGAACCAGAAGACCAGGAAGUUAGUACUGGUACCAAGCGACCCCUACAUGCUCUGCUAAACGAUGAGGACUCACUGGCGGAAAUGCAGCGACCUUCAAAGAUUCCUGCCGUUAGAAAGACCUCUGAAGUUGUGCAAAAUCCAAAGAAGCAAAUGAUUGCAGCAAAAGACGAGGUUAUCCGGCAGAUCAAUGGCCCCUCAUCACCGGUCAAGCAGCCAGCCAUCGCCUCGUCAGCGAAGAGUAUACACCAGAAGCGGCAUGAUAGAUUCGAUCAAUUGUACAAUAAAACUGAACGCCACACCUGGCAAGACGACGCCAUCCAAAUGCUGUUGCAGCUGUGGGCACAACACAUAAAGGGCUUGCGCGGCACCAUGAGGAAUACGGUUAUCUACAAGGAAAUGGAGAAGCAAAUGAGCCAAUUUGGACCGAGCCACUUUGAGAUCAAAACCAAAAUGGAUAAUAUGUCUCGAAAAUAUCGUGUGGAGGCUGAGAAAUAUCGAGAAAGCGGAGUGCCAUCCAAGUGGCCCUAUUUCCACAAAAUUCAAUCACUAUUAAUAGGAACCAAGGCCGUCGAUGUUUUUGAGGAAAUGAUGUUUGACACUAAUACCGGUGCUUCAAAGUUCUUCGAUCAGGAUGAUUCCGAUGAUGACGAAUUGGAAUCGCUGAGAGGGGAAUAUUUAGCAGAGGAUUCCACAGCUAAUGAUACUCAGUUUGAAGAAGAUGUAGAGAACAAGCACAAUCUUGAAUAUCUCUCUAAUGAAAUCCGUAAAGACAGCCUGCACUCUCCCUCUCCAGUAAUACCAGAAGCAGACGAUUAUGAUGAUGACGAGGUGGAGAGAGAAGUUGAAGAGCAAUUAAACUACAGGGAGGAUACACCACAAGCGGAAUACAUAGUAGACAAUCAUACGAAGAGGAAGAACGACACUAAGAGACGCACAGAUCGAAUGCUAGAAAUUGAAGAGGAGAAACUGGUUAUCGAGCGCGAAAAGCUUAAGGUCAUGAAGGAGGCAUUGCAAGAGCUGUCCGCAUUCCACAAAGAUCUAAUGAAGUUGAUAAGAACCAGAAAGUAAAUGUUAUGUUUCACCUAUGUAUCUAUAAAUAUAUUUCAUAAUAUGCUUAAGAAGUAAUGUUAGAAUUGUUUUCAGACUAUAUUAAACUAAGAUAAAA